AUGUUGCAAGCUAAAUAUUCAAAUACACCAUUGAUUACACAAACAGAUGCAAAACAACAUUUGCAUAAUAUUCGUUAUCAACGUCAAAAUCAAUUAGCAACUAUAAUCAAUGAAUGUCAUCAACUUCGUAUAUCACAUAAACGUAUUUUUGAUAAUCAAUUAAAUUUUUCUUCAAAUGAAAAAUCUUUAAUGUUAAAACCAUUAAAUAGAGAAGCAGUUUUUAUUUUUAAUUCACAAACUGAAUCAAAUAAUUCAUUAUCUGUUAUAAAAGAAGAUUCACAAUAUUUAUCUGAAUCUUCAUAUACAUUUUUAGAAAAUCAAUUACCAAAUAAUCGAUUAUUAUCAAGACGUAUAAAAAAGAAUCAACAACAACAUUUAAGUGUCUCAUCUAUUGCAUCUAUUGAAAAACUUCCACCAAUAUCAACUAAUAAAAUCAAAUCAAAUAAAUCUACUAAAUUUGUUGAUGCUAUAAAACAAAUGAAAAAUCGAUCAUCAAUUCAACGACAUUUAAUAAAUAAUAAAUCGAAUAAUAAUUAUCUAUUCAAUGAAAAAUUUAUUUUUAAUACUUCAAUUAAAGAAAUACAACCAAAACUUCCUUCAAUUCUUUGUCCAUCAUCAUUUUAUUAUUCAAAACAAAUUCAAACUCGUCAAUGGUUAUGUAAAAAUUAUUUUUCAACUCGAACUCUUCCGCUUAUUUAA